GCUCUAUGGCAAAAGUAGAAGUGCAAAUACGUCGGUGUUUCUGCUGCGGGCUAUCCGUGGCCACUUCUGCAAUUGCUAUAUAUACACUGAUCCUUUACCUUCUGCUCUCCGGCCUCGCUGCUUGGGGACUCUCAGACACCACCCAAAAUGGAGACGCAUCCCACUACAACUCUUGUGAGCUAGAGGCUCAGGGAAAAAUCAAUGCGGAGAAUCGGAAGCUCACGUUUACCGGGGGACGAACUGUCGUGGUCGUGCAGGAUUCUACUUCUUACCAUUGCUCACUUGGGUUGUAUACAGAGGAGCUAAAGUACUCGGCGUCGAAUCGCUAUGUUUCCCUGGUCAUUGACAUCCUUCUCUACGUCUCCCUUGUUCUUGCAUCCAUUGUUCUCCUCAUUGGCCUUUGCUCCUACAACCAAUGGCUUCUCCUUCCAUGGGCAUUCCUCAUGAUCAUUGACAUUGUCCGUGGUUUUAUAUCGGUGUUCUUUAUUUUCUGGUACUCCUAUGGUAAUUUGGCGAGAAUCGCCACCGGAAUCUUCUUCCUCGGAUUGCAGUUCCUCCACAUCUCAUUGUGGAUGAUUAUUGCCGCCAAGUUCCAGAGAAUCUACAAUCGAAAGAAUGGAAUUCCAGAUAAAGUGUACGACGUCCGUGGAGGCUCCCGUGCUCCAUCCACCUACUACGGAGAGACCCACGCAGUUGCUCCACCACCACACCGAGGAGCAACGGACUACUAUCCAGAGCAACACCGACCCCAACAACAAUAUGGACACUACGAUCAGCAGCCACCAUAUCGGUAUUAAUAAUUGUUUCCUUUUACCAUUGUUGCUCAUUUCUUCCGCAUUUUUCUUCCCCCAGUUAAACCGGUACAUGUCCUCUCUUGCUCCUCGCCACUACCUUUGUAUAAUUUUUUGAAAUUGUUUUAAAAAAAGAAGAAAAUCAAAUACUUAUUCUUUGUGUUUUAUGUAGUACAUAUAUUAAUAAAGAUUCCAAUACUUC